AUGGGUCAUUUGACACGAUUAUCAACAGGUGAUACUGAUGUUGAUGACGAAAAUGAGAGAGAUGAGGAAGAUGAUAGAGAUGAUGCAAUCGACACAGAUGAGAUUCAUUUACCUAAUGAUGAUGAAAAUUGUUGUCAAACAGAAAAUAUUGAUUUGGUGAUGGUCCAACAAGUUGUGGAAUGUGAAAGCACAAGAUUUUUGAACCUUGAAGUUGGUGAUAGGUCUAAUAAUCCUGAGGUUGAGUUUGAGGUUGAAAACACAUCACUAGUUGCCUCUCCACAUGAUUUGCAACAUGCUGUGAAGAUGUUUUCCAUAAAGGCGCACCAAGAGUUUACUGUUUAUAGAUCAAAUGCAAGUGUGUUAGUUCUUCAAUGUAAAAAAGCACCAGAGUGCCAAUGGCGACUAAAGGCAAUGACAGUGAAAGAUACGGGUAUUUUUAGAAUCACAAAGUACAAAGGUCCUCAUACAUGUGUCAAUCCAUGUAUUAAUCAAGAUCAUUCACAGUUGGAUUCUAGCUUUGUAUCUAAGUAUAUUGAAACAUUGGUGAAGGUAGAAAUGACCAUUAGAGUUGCUGCAAUUCAAGCUGUUGUUGCGGAACAAUUUGGUUACCAAAUUUCUUAUCAAAAAACAAUGAAGGCAAAAAGGAAAACAAUGACUCGAUUAUUUGGUGAUUGGUACAAGUCUUAUGCAGAGUUGCCUCGUUUCUUCCUUGCCUUGGAGCAGUCAAAUCCUGGAUGCAUUAUGUAUUCCAAAAUGGUUCUUGGAAACAAUCCGAAUGAAGAAAUUUUUCAGCAUGUUUUUUGGGCAUUCGCUUCAUCUAUUAAAGGGUUUGCACACUGUCGACCAAUUCUCAGUAUUGAUGGGACACAUUUGUAUGGAAAAUAUAAAGGAACUUUGCUGAUUGCUAUGGGAUGUGAUGGUAAUAACCAAUUGUUUCCACUUGCAUUUGCCAUUACAGAAGUAGAGAAUAUAGAUAGUUGGAGUUGGUUUUUGGCAUGUAUCCGAGUUGGAGUAACACAAAGGAAAGGGUUGUGUCUGAUUUCUGAUCGUCAUCCUGGCAUUAUAGCUGCUGUCAAUGAAACAUAUUCGGGAUGGACUCAGCUAGAUGCUUGUCAUAGAUUUUGCAUGCGUCAUUUAGCGAGUAAUUUCAACACAAAGUUCAAAGAUAAGACUUUAAAGGAUCUCAUGUGUAGGGCUGCUAUGGAGAGUAAAGUUAAAAAAUUUAUUUCUCACAUGGAUACAAUUGGCCAGAUAAAUGUCGAGGCUAGAAAUUUGUUGGAGCAAAUUCCUCUUGAAAAAUGGGCACUCUCAUAUGAUGGUGGGAGGAGAUAUGGGAUUAUGACAACUAAUAUGUCUGAAGUUUUUAAUGGUGUCCUUAAGGGUGCUCGUAACUUACCAAUAACAACUUUAGUCCAGUUAACUUUUUAUCGGGUUAACAGUUACUUCACAGUCAAGCGGGAGCAUGGUGCUAGUCGGCUCGCUUCAGGUGAAGAAUUCAUUCCACAUAUUGACGCCAAGAUAAAGGCUAAAGUUGUUAAGGCAGGUGCACAUGAGGUUCUUUUGUAUGAUCAUGUGGCGAGACGUUUUCAUGUUAAAACUAGACACUCUGUUGGAAGUAGUAAUAGGAAACCUCGCACAUAUCAUGUUACCCUUCAAACGGGGUCUUGCACAUGUAACAAAACACUUUUGUUAGGAUUCCCAUGUUCGCACAUUCUUGCUACUUGUCAUUGUCGAGCAAUUGAUUUUCGACAAUUUGUACAUGGUUAUUACACCACACGUGCUUACCUAUCAACAUGGGCUCCCUUGUUUUAUCCCAUAUUUGAUGAGUUGGAGUGGCCUCAAUAUAAUGGACCGAUAAUUGUGCCUUCAGACUCAAUGAAACGACUAACUUUUGGUCGACCAAAAUCAAGUCGUUUGCAUAAUGAGAUGGAUGCAAGGGAAACUAGGACUCCACAAACAUGUGGACUUUGCAAGCAAUCGGGUCACAAUCGGCGUUCUUGUCCUAAUAGAGAAACCAAUGAUAGGAGGAGUUGA